GAAUUAGCUACCCUUUUUGAAGAGGCUGAUGCUGAUACGUCGGGUUAUAUUGAUUUUGAUGAGUUUGUUACUAUGAUGAUAAUAUAUAUACUAGAAUCAAGAGAGCAUCCAAAUAGAUUCCAUCGUGAUAGGACAUCAGUAUUCGAUAAUA